CCUACUCAUUUUCUGGUGCUGUUGAAUGGUCGAACGCCUUCAGCUAGGUGAGUCUAGUAAAACUUAUCCGGUCAAAAUCAAAUGCUGGAGACUCACAGAGCUAUUGAUUUUUGGGAUUUACUUGCCGCUACAUAACUAGCUGCCGUAAUAUUCUAGCCUAUCAUUUGUUGUUCGAUAUUCACUCAGAAAAUGAACAUGUUUUUCGUUCAAUAUAGCUCACCAUUUGAACCAUUUGAACCAUCAUGCAAAGUAGGGAACAGUUUUUCAAGAGCUUAGGCAAAAAUACUUCAAGUCAUCUAGAGGCGCAUAGAUCAAAGGUUUAAAAACAUUCUCAAUUAGAUCAAACAAAUAGUGUACAUACUACCCUGCCAAGAAUAUCACUGGAAUUGGAUGCUGUUUGUUUACAGGCGGUCAGUUCAAAACCAUCCUGGUCGCUCGCAUUAAUGGUAUACUAGGAGAAAUAGACUGGAAUUAUAAUUAUGCCGCGUUAUUUUUGAUGAUUGUCUCGAGUCUGUGUACAUUUUGUGGAGAAUUAUUGUGAAGCAUUGCUUACAUUUAUAAAUUUCCGGUUUAAUAUGAAUGAAGAAGGCUUUUGAUUGUCCGAUUCUACUAGGUUUGUUCCUUGUUUUCUUGUCAUUCGAGUCGAUCUUAAGGCCUCAGGAUUGUAAGUUCCGUGAAUUGCUCAAGGGAACUCAAAAGAGAUGAUAAGGGCUAACACGAGAGAAAUAAAGUGGACAUUCCUUAAGACAGGAAGGGUUUAAUAAAUUGACUACGAAGUCUCCUUUUUCGUCCGUCGUAGGAAGAUAGUGCGACACCUCCCUUUUCGUCGUACUAUGUGUAGUUAAGUUUUAAUUCGGUCUUGAGUUAGCCUACUGAAGAUACAUUAAGUUUGGAGUUAUUACGUAUAAUGCUAUGGAAGACCUAUCUGAAUCCAGCAGAACUGGAGGUCAGCUUCACUCACGAGUUAACUAGAGGUCGCCUCGACUAUUUAAUCUUCGUAUGGCUUAGGCCAUCAACCAGAGAUCCCUAACUAACUAUAUCCUGAACUUUCUUUCAGAGUUGUUGCCAAGUGCUAUUCAUGGUCUUGAUAUUUGUCUUUGGUUCUCAGUUUCACAUGUUUUUGGUCUUCAUCGUUUUCUCCUGUCUUGAGGAUUCCAUGUCGAGUCUUGUUUUGUGAUGUAGUUUUAUAGUGUCCUUAAUCUUAUCCACCUCCAGAGUUUUUCCCUAAUUUCCCCCCUCAACUAGGAGCUAACUUUUCCCUGCUAAAGCAGAUUAUUACUGAUGGUCUCUUACCACUGGGUCGUGAGCGUCUUGUUGAGUAGUUGUCUGUAAACACUCUUACGGCUUUCGUGAUAAUACGAAAUACAGCAAAAUAAGAUGGCAACUCUUCCCAUCAGCCCCUGGUGUAUGGUUUGCCCGUAGCUCUCGCAUAGCUACCACUCAAAGCACGGCAAGCCAACUUAAUUAGUUGAUAUUUAUUUCAUUAUAUCAUCCCGAGUUUGAUCUUCAGUAUUCCUUUAUUUUCUGCUUUGAGGAGAUGGAUGUACAUUCGUAAGAAUCUUUGCAUACAGGAAGGUGAAUAAAUAGUUUACCCACUCCUGCCCAACAUUUGAUCGCCUAUUAUCUGAUUGUGUUGCAUAGGCCUUUAUUCUAUUAGUAUUGAAAAAUUUUAAGGGGCUCCAAGUCAAAAACAGCAAGAAUUUGAUUGAGAAGGUAUAAGAGCAUUUUGUGAAUAACUGUUGACUGACAUUUGUAAGAUUUUGUCUACUUAUAUUCUCUGGCUUGAGAAAGCUCGUAAUUUUGUUCACGGUACUUAAAAAAAUUAAGUGAUCACUUGAGAUAAACUAUGAUUAUGGGGACAUGUGAGGUUUAUCGUUCUUUCCCUUCGGAAUCUAAGGACAACGACCAAAAAGUCAACGAUUUUCCUAUUAGAGAAUCGAGCGUUUUGCAUGUAGUUAUUUCAGAAUCAGAACUAACAGAAUUACCAUUACCAACUUAUGUUUGCGAGUUAUGCGGAAUCAAAGUGAAAACAAAAGCUAACUUACGGGCUCAUCAGAUUAAAACUCAUAAGAUCAUGAAGGUAGAAUAUUAGUCUGCAUCUUCUAAUGUGUAUUAUUAUUUCAGAAUGCAAAAGACGUAGCAUUUUAUUCCAAGCAAAGGUAUAAUGUUAGUUAUAUCUAUCAUUGCCCUGUGGCUACAUGUAAACACAAUAUUGGUUUAGGCGGUGGAUUCAGCACUUACUGGAGAUUAAAACAGCAUUACCAGCAUGUUCAUAUGCAGAAAAGUUACCAGUGUAACAAAUGUAAACAUUUCUUCCCUACUCCCUCAUAUCAUGCCUAUCAUCAAAAACUAUGUGGAGCAACGUAUUCUUGUUCACUUUGUUUCAGGUCUUAUUCAAGUAAAAAGCACUUACUUCAGCAUUACCGAAGAAGUGGGCACAGUAACACUUUAUCUCUUAAUUCUAUUCCUAAAGUCGAAAAUACUCCAAACAGAUCGCCUUCGAAGAAUACAUCAAUUCCAAGCUCGUAUGUUGCACGUAAUCCUAUCCCUCCUAGUGGAUCAUGUGGCCCAUUAGUUCUCCCACUUCUUAUUUUACCAGUUACUGUACCUAACGUAAGUGAUGUGAAUGUAGAAAAUCUGAACAGCAAUGUUUUGGGGUGUUUGAAUAUGAACUUUUUAUAUACAAGUGCUCUUUCGGCUCUUCGUACACUUUCAACACAAAUCUUUCCGAAUCCAAAUGUCCAGGUUAAUCUCUCUGAAUCUGCAAUAAAUUCGAGCGAUACGUCAGUGGUUUUAAAACCCGAUUUAGGAAAUUUCUGCAAUCUUUACGCAGUCCCUGUAAACAAUUCUUCUUUGGAGGCCUCAACACAAACUGAACAGUUAUAUACACCGAUCACUGUAUCACAACCAUGCUCUCAUACACUCCAGACACACGAACUUGUGUCUGUGAACACAUGCACCGAUGAGGAUGACAUCAGUUCAUUCAUUGGUGGUCUCUUCUGUAAUGCUGCAGUAGAAGCCAAUCUUCCUCACGCAAGUACAGUAUAUGAUAACUACGAAGUUAGACAAGAACGAAAGUUGUCUUACGAGACCAAACAGGUCACAUUGGGUCCCCUCAACGAACACCACCCUUGUUCAUCACUAAAGCCAACCAAAAACUCGGUUCAGUCGAGCGACUACAUCUCUCUUACUGGGUGCUCAAAUAAUGGUGUGGAUCAAGAAAUUCAAGCAAGGUUGCUACCACUACGUGAAAACGCUGCUAUGCAGACCGAUGUUAUGGAAAAUUUAAAUGCUGAAAUUGCUACUCAUUAUCCUCACUCCGAUCACAGUACUUACUUUACUCCAAGCAGAAUGCUUGAAACACCACCUCCUCCUAUGUUACAAAGUACUGUUUCACUUGGAACUCAUUUAAGUACUGCAUGCCAAACUUUACAUCGUUUGCUGAAUGAAGCGAAAAUUUCAGACAACCAAUCUCCUCGUAAGUGUUCAUAUUAUAUUUUCAGCUCUUACUUUAACCAGGAUAGCAUAUCUAAGUAGGAUAUAGCUGGGUAUAGUUAACACGACCUCCAGUCGAUAAAAAUUCAUGACCCCAUCGACAGACUUAACAUAUCCCGUACGCGUAACAUCAGCGUUGUUCACUCAAUAUUUCCACCUUAUGAAAAUGCUUCAAACAGUAGACAAUUGGAUCCUCUUUAUCGCCAAUUGUGUCACUAAGUUUUGACUUUUUGAGCCACGUCGCUGAUAGGCUUAAUAAUGUUUUUUAUUGUUAUCUGUUAUCCUUGGGAUUUAUGGUUCUUAAUCUUGUCGCCCACUUCCAGGCGUUCCCAACCGUUGCUGCUACCUUGAUGUGGUGGUCGGACUUGCCUGUCGUGAUGACCCAACCGAGCUUUAGUGGCUGCAACAUUUGUCCUGUAGGUUUUACCAUGCCAGUCAGGUCGAUUGGAGGACGUUAAGACUAAAAGCAGUAACUCAAGGUCUGCGGCCUAAGUCGUACUACUGACUGAAGAGGGGUAUGGCAAGAGUAAGGUGUUUUCCUCAGACAGCCAGCAUUUGCAACGAUGCCUUCCCACAAGGAAGGAUGGGUUAGAAAAGGUCGACCCUAAAAUUGUUACACCUCAUCGUACCUGACGGAUUUCUGUCUCCGGCGGUAAGGCAUUUUGAAAAACGGAGCUAAUACGUCAUAAGUUUCCCACAAAAAGGCCGUGUGUGACCGGCCUCAAGCAGUUGUCCCUUGGGCUCUGCGGUCACACUCCCAGGU